UGCAGGAAGUAGCAAACAGUGGAUGGAUACAACCAGAGCCACAACACAUCUGAGCGGUGUAUUACGAAGCGAGAUUAGUGUGUUAGCUAGGUCAAUCCCUUUAGAAGAUGGCCAUGAUGAACGUGGCAGUGAAUGUACCUGCCUAUGCAAGGCAGCCAAACCGCAGUGAGGUGCUGGCUUGGCUCAACUCGACUUUACAGGCAGGCUUCGCCGGGUUGGAGCAGGUAUACACAGGCGCCGCCUUUUGCCAGCUCAUCGACUGCCUGUUUCCUGAAACCCUGGACCUCUCAAGCGUCCGAUUCGAAAGCAAUGAAAAUGUGGACUCUCUCCACAACUACAGUUUACUGCAAACUGCAUUCAGAAAAGUUGCAGUAUUACGAUACAUCCCUGUUGAACCGCUGAUGGCAAGGAACGUAUCGGUCACUCUGCAAUUCCUGAACUGGUUUUACCUUUUCUUUAAGAAGAACAUGAGUGAGACCAGGGAGUACAAUGCCUUUGAGGCCAGAGGUGGAAAGAAUAUUGCUCCUCCUCGCACAGAGAGUGAUGAGGAGAACGAGGUCAGAAGAGCGGCAAAUGAAAAAAAACUAAAUUUGAAAUCUGAGGCGGAUGCGAAAGCGGGGCGAGAGACAGCGGAGACAGAGGAAAGGAAAAAAAUCAAGAAACAAAAGGAGGCGCAAGCAGAUGAAGAAAGUCAUGAAACCUUUUUGCUCUUCAUCAGAAGAUACUGCAGUGACACGAGUACAGACCCUUCAGUUUCUGCCUUCUUAAGUCCGACCCACUUCGCGGACGUCAUUAAAACCUGCUACUCCCUGCCAUACUGCCUCUACCUGUAUUUGGACGUGGAGCUGGGCAUAGAAAAGAACACAAGUGUCGUCCUGGUGGGAUAUUUCGACCAAAAUUCAGGUGUCAGUGUGGUAAAGCCGCUGCUCACGCUGCAGCUGAGCGGCAGCUAUGCUGACCCUCAGAACUCAGAGGACGUAGACAUACACACUGUGCACACACACGCUGAAACUGAUGCAAGCCUUCUAAUCAAAGAGCUGAAGAGGAAUGAUUUUUGGCUGCCCAACGCCGCUGUGUUUUACUGUAACGCUCCAAACCUGAGGGUGAGCAACGUGUUUCUAUCACACCUCCAGGCUUUCAACCAAAAUAUCAUAUCGCUCUGCGGCCUCCCCGGGAUGGCGUCACGCGCCUGCCAGGCCGGACUCUUGUCUUCCUUUAGUUGCGUGGUUGACCUCAUUAGAGACAUCCACUACCACUACUACACCUUCCCCUCCGUCAGUGACAGUGUGAAAGGCCUAUUUGCUGAUGAGAAGUACUAUAACCCCUCCCUUCCCAUCGCUGCACAGUGUCUGUUCAUCAUCCACGCUUGUCAGAAGAUGGUCGACUGCUGGAGGCUUUUAGUGGAGUAUUUUAAGUCAUUGAAGCAAGUAGAGGACGCCAACCGUAUCAGAGCCCAGCUGUUGGAUUAUAAAAUCCGCCUGCGCAUCAUUUUCCUCGCCCAAAAUUUGGAGCCCAUCCGAGCCCUUCAAGAGUUGCAGGCCUCCGACAACGCAUGCGUGCCCGUGGAGCUCCAGCUGGCCUCCAUGGUGAUGCACUCGUUUGCGUCCAGUCUGCUCCGGCCCUCCGCCACAGAGAAUUUUCUCAACAGCCGAAACGUGAAUCACCUCCAAACCAACUCAGACCUGCUCCCUGUCAAAGAGGUGCACGUUGGUUCUAGUGCCAGAGACUUCCUGUGGGCCAGCGCUGUCGUGGAUCUGGGGGAAGCGGACAGGAAGGUCUUCCUGAGCGAUGCGAAAGCUUUCUAUAAAGCAGCACUGGAGAGUUUUGCGGAGAGUCUUCCUGAGAAUCUGGGGGAUGUGGCACUGAGGAAUAUGAGCAGGGUGCUGCGACAUUCUGAGGAUAUCAACGGAAAUAAAUUGCCCGCUGUAGUGGUCAGAGAGAUGGCGGAUCAGCUGGGUCUGUUGAAAGCUGGGGUUAUCGGAAAGAAAAGUCUGGUCAGCAGCUACAUCCAUUUCGUCAAUACCACAAAGAAGGAACAAAGUGUCGGCUGGAAAAAGAUAUUGUAUAUGAACAGACAUUUCACGAGUCUGCGUAUAUUCUUCAUGUCGAUCCUGGCCCUGCCGAGCUCUCUUCACAGGACGCAGGUGUUUGCUAAGAUGUGCAACAAGGCUCUUCCUCAAAGCAAGGAAACCGCCAUAUCCUUACCUGAAUUGUGCGAAAGGCUAGGAAUACCCAACACAUCGAGCAAGCAUCGGAAGAAACCUGUCCAGUCAAAAAAUGACAACAAGAGGAAAGAGGAGUCUUCCUCAGAUGAUGGUGACGCUGCUGUGGCCAAACCACGGUUACAGCUUCCCUCCAAACGCCCCAUCACGAAGGAGGACUCGGAAAACACGGACAAUUCUUCAGAUGUGGUGGAUGUCACCGAAGGGUCCAAAAUGAGGCCCAGAAACAUGAAGCCAGAAAGUGAAAGAAGUCCAAAGGCAAAGUAUGCAUGCGUUGAGGACAGUAAAAACGAUGAUGAAGACAGCGACUGCAUCAUUUUAACAAGAACACCACCCAAGACUGCAGACUUAACGGAUGUGAUGGGGGAGCUGGUCUGGGGUCUGGUGGAGGGCUUUGCUUCCUGGCCAGCCGUCAUUGUCCCAUCUAAGGAAGAGAAGGAAGAUCCAGAGUGGAGGAUGGUGUCGUGGUACGGACAGAACAUGUCCUCUACGAUCAAGUUUCAGGCUCUGAAACCGCUCGCUUCCUUCGCCCAGCACUUCUCCUCCAACUCCUUCGCCAUCCUCGACACCUACCGAGAAUCCAUCUUCUUGUCUUUGAAGGAGGCAGCCCUGCGUUGUCAGAAGCCGUUUCCUGCGUCUGAUGAGGACCGCGACGAGCUGCUGAAGCAGAUGUUGGACUGGGCCCUCGGAGGGUUUCUGCCCUCGGGGCCGGGCGGAUUCAAAGCAACGGCAGCCUCAAAUGGUAGGAUUGAAGGAAGUAAAUAUCUGAUGCUCACCUCUAUUAUUGUCUCCUGUUUAGGUGUAACUAAAACAAACAACAGGCCAAAAGUGAUGAAGAAACUCUUCUCGAAGGUCAUCUCCUCUCACACGGCCAUCAGCUCCUCACCCCCGAUAAGCAGCAAGAGCAACAUCCUCAGCACUCUGACGAAAGAAGUGUCAAUCUGCUUAAACAGACUGUCGCUGGAGAAGUACUCCCACAGACCUGCAAAUGGAAACACAUUGGAAGAAGGAUUUAAGUUUGCAGGGAAAUCCAAUAACGGAGUUGCGAAAGAGAAGGUGUCUAGAGGAGGAUGGGAGGGGGAGAGGAAUGACUGGAGAGGAGUAUUGGAAAAGGAGAGAGGGAGCGGUAAGGGAGGGAGUAAAGGAGGGAAGGUGCAGAAGAAGAAAUUCAGUCCGUCUGAUGAUCUUUGUGAUGAUGAUGUGUCACCGGAUUAUGUGCCCUUCAAGACGAGGGACUACGCCAAAACGUACAAUAAAGUCAACCAUCCGUCGAGCACGUACACACAGCCGGACCAGAAACGCAGAGAGAGUGCCAUCCGUAGGAUCAUGGACUUAAAGCUGGACAUUGAGGGCUUUUGUUUGUGCUGUGGUACUGAAGACGUGGAGAUAUUUCACCCUCUUUUUAAAGGCAGCCUCUGUGUGAAUUGUAAAAAUAACUUAACAGAAACUCUGUAUCGGUACGAUGACGAUGGAUAUCAGUCCUACUGCACCAUCUGCUGCUACGGAAUGGAGGUCAUAAUGUGUGGCAACGACAGCUGCUGCAGAUCCUAUUGCGCGGACUGUAUGGACAUCCUGGUCGGUGCGGGGACGUUUGAUUCGUUGACGGAGCUGGAUCCGUGGAUCUGCUUCCUGUGUCAGCCUCAUCGACCGCACGGCGCUCUGAUUCCCAGAGAGGACUGGAGCAUCCGUGUUCAGGAGUUAUUCGCCAACAACAGUGCCAUGGAGUUUGAGCCUCACCGUGUUUACCCGUCCAUCCCUGCAAACCUGAGGAGACCGAUCAAAGUUCUGUCCCUGUUUGAUGGCAUAGCAACAGGCUACCUGGUGCUGAAGGAACUCGGCUUCAAAGUAGACACAUGUUAUGCUUCAGAGAUUUGUGAGGAUUCGAUUGCAGUGGCGACCGUCAACCACGACGGGAAGAUCAUCCACGUUGGAGACGCCCGCUUCAUCACCCAGAAACACCUGGAGCAGUGGGGUCCGUUUGAUAUGCUGAUCGGUGGCAGCCCCUGUAACGACCUCUCCAUCGUCAACCAUUUAAGAAAAGGCCUCUAUGAGGGCAGUGGCAGGCUGUUCUUUGAGUACUACCGCAUCCUCCAUCUGCUGAAGCCCAAGGAGGAAGACCCCAGGCCGUUCUUCUGGCUCUUUGAGAACGUCGUCUUCAUGAACACACAUGACAAAGUCAACAUCUGCCGCUUCCUCGAGUGCAACCCGGUGCUGGUGGAUGCAGUCAAAGUUAGCCCUGCUCACAGAGCGCGAUACUUCUGGGGAAACAUCCCGGGGAUGAGCAGGCCCAUCAUAGCGUCCCAGAACGACAAGCUGAUUCUGCAGGACUGUUUAGAGAUCGGAAGAGAAGCUAGGGUCACCAAGGUGAGGACGAUCACUACCAAUUCAAACUCUCUAAGGCAGGGCAAAGGGCCGUCCUCUCUGCUGCCCGUCCUCAACAACGGCAGGGAGGACAGCCUCUGGAUCACUGAACUAGAAAAGAUCUUUGGUUUCCCCAAACAUUACACGGACGUGAGGAACAUGACCCGGCAGCAGAGGCAGAAGGUGUUGGGGAAGUCGUGGAGCGUGCCCGUCAUCCGCCACCUCUUCGCUCCCCUCAAGGAAUAUUUUGCCUGUGAGAAGCUGCCUCCUCUGACCAUAUCCUCCAUCUCCUCCACAUCCUCCACCUCCCCAUCCUCCCCUGACUCUCCAGAGAUGAUGCAACUCAGAUAAGGGACGUUAGUUAUGUUUUGUGUGGAGGAUUUCCCCCACUACGUGCUUUAUAAGAAAUGGUUGAGCUGAAAUGAACUAUGCAGUCCUUUUUGGGGCUUUUGUGGAUCACUGCCACAAAAAGCUAUUUGUCGCCUGUGCAAUCGAGAAACACUUGCAGAUUGUGUGCACAGCUAGCAGUCACUCUGUCCUCCAAAGACACAAAAGAGGGAUGUUUGUGAUCCCUUCAGCUCUGUGCUUUAGUUUGUUAUUAUUUCCCCUGAACUCCUCCACCAACAGGAGUUUAAAGACACUGACAAUCCUUCCUUAUUGCCUAAACUACUCAGUGAUUGUUAACACUGCUACGAACCAGCGACCAGCAACACAUCUCAGCUUGGAAUGGUAAAAGAAGCCAGUUGAAGAGCAGAGACCGGCCUCUGGUUAGUUUCGUGCAAAAGAGUUUUGCAGGAGGAAAGAUAUUCAUCAAUGACAUAAAGGUGCUGAUUACGUAAUCCAAAUAUGGCAUAAACCCUUGAGACUUUUAAGCAUUUUUAAGUAGAUAAAGAAUUAUGUUCACAUGUUUAAAAAGGAAGAUAUUUUUGGUCUGUUAAUAUUCAAGCAUUUUUGUGUGAAUCAUGUUAUACUGAAAGCUGCCUCCUUUCUUUACUGUUAUAUUUGAAUCAUGUUGGUUGUUUACAGGAGAAAAGCAGAACUUGCAAUAUAUUUUCAUUAGAUCAACAUCUACUGUAGUUUUAUAUAGUUUAUAUUCUGCAGCAAGCUUGGUCGUUAUACCAAAAUUACCAAAAUUGUCGGUAUCGAUGAGAAGAAACCAGGUUUUUGUGGCUUAAUUUCCACAGUAUAGACACUAAGUCAAAGUUAAAGCCUUUUAUUGUCAUUGUACACAGAGUAUAACGAGAUUCAGAGUGCAACACUGAUCCUCUUUUUAAUGAAUUGUCCUAAUGUUUUCAUCCUUUUUGUUCUAUCUUCAUAUCUUUUACUGUUGUUUUAGGGAAGUGGAAAGUAAUUAAUUGUAACAUUUUCACGUGUUUUUUAAAGGUUGCUUUGUGUAUUUGUGUGUGUAUCUUAUCAUUGAUUUUCAGUAUUAUGUUUUACUUUAGAGAAACUAAAUGUUAUUUAUAAUAACAUAUUUGAUCCUUCAGUAUCAAUGGGGAGACGAUCCGAGUCCAAAAGGAUCUUUUUUUUUCAACCAGCUGCUUAUUUGUUGUUAAAUAGAGUUUCUUAUUUGUCAGGGGCACGGGAAGCAAAACAUUCAUUAUCAGAUGAUUUUUUUUUUUUUCAACAGAACAUAAGUUGUAUUCGACAAUAGUGUUACAUUGAAAUGACUAAUUGUCACAAAAUGUUUAUAUUUACUGCUUUUUUGCUGACAAAGUGAUUGUGAGGAUGCUGCACCACUGAGGCAUGUGGCCUUAUUGACCGAUGAUUGUAAAGAAAACUACUAGUCUUUUUUUUAUUGUAAGUGGGCUGUACUCUAUUUUUACACAGAACACCAGAGGGCUGGAUUGAGAGGUACACAGGGUUAAAUGUUCAUAUUUAAAUGUGGGUAGAGUACAGUACCAGAUAUUUUAAUUGAUAAGGGGAAUAAUGUAUGUUUUGCAAAGUAAUUGUUUGAAAAUAAAGAUUUGUUUUACUUGGGACUUGACAAGACAAAUAAAAGAAAGAAAUUGCAAAAUGA